AUGAGCCGCCUGCACCGUCCAAUUCGUCCAAAUUCCGUUAGUUGAACCCUUAAUUAUUUUUUCAGCUUCUCACCUACUUCAAAGAACUGAAACCUUCGCGGUUUAUUUUUUUGACAUAAAGUUUUUUUAUCAUUUUUUUAAAUUUUCGAGAAGUGAAUUGAAUAUUUAGCUCUACACGACCGAACCGGAAGAUGAUUUCGAGAGGUUCCAACGAUUGAUUUUUUUGAAGCUACUAAAAGAAGAGAUUUAAAGAAGAUUAAAGUAUAUUUUUUUAAAUAUUUUUAUUGGUUUGCUUUUUUUAUCAUCUUUCGUAAUCGUUGAACCAUUUUUACAAAAAAACUUUUUUCAUAGAAUUUGGUCGAGAGCAAAUCGAAGGACUUUGUUAAAAAGUCUCUUAACCUGAAUUCUUGGAGUAAUCCCUUGAUUAUGGCUAUCGAAAAGGGAUUUCAUCAAGUCGUACGGUUUUUGGUGAUGUUCAUAAUAUUCUUCGUUUAUAAUGUUGUUUUUUGAAGGUUCGUCUCGGCGCUGAUCCAUUAUGUUCUUAUAGAGAUGAGGGCUCUGUAACAGCUCUACAUAUUGCAAUGACCCGAUGUGGUUCUCUGAAAGUAUAUAUUUCAAUCUCUCUUUUUCUUUUUGAAUUUCAAUCAAGACUUCUUUCAAUUUUUGGUUUUUUCAGGUGCUCAAAGCUCUCUUAGAAGCAAAUAAUUUCGACUUGAAUUUGACUAAAAAACGGAAAAAACGCAAACGCCUCGUUGUUACGGCAUUCGAAACACGUAACUUAAGCAUGGGUUCAUAAAUGCAUUUCUCGCGCCUUGUAAUGGAGAUUUUUCAGUGAAGUACCUUUGUGAACGAGGCAUGGACGUUCAGGAAAAGGAUUCCAAGGGUUUGACGUGUCUCAUGCGACCUGAGCUCUUCGAAACGGAAGAAUCGGUCCUUACAAAUUUUUUUAUGAACAACGAUCUUUAUGUAUUCCAGUUUUGUUUUCUUAUGUUGUUAACAAGAAAUAUCACUGCUUUGAUUUUUUUGUUGAUUUUUUUAGUGCAUUAUUUUUUUGAAAGUUUUUCCACUAUUCACAAGUUCUGACAAAAACUCAAAUCCAGAAAAAUCAAGAAAAAGUUGUUUGAAAUCGUGUUCCGUAUUGCUUUUCGAGUAGAAAAAUUCAAAAUUCAAGAAGAAAAAUUUUUAAAAAAAUUUAAAUUUACCGCCCGAAAUCUUCAAAUAGUUGUUCCUUGUACUCCCCGUGUUGUGAAAAUUUCAGAAAAACCUACAAAUUUCAGGAAGAAUGCUUCAAAAUUUUGAUUCAAUAUGGUCUCUCAGUCGACGAAGUUACACCCGAAGGUAAAAUUUUAAAAGUUGAAAUGAAGUGUUUUCUUUGCUCCUGGUGCACUUAAAUUGUGAAUUUUUCGGAUCUUAGUCUAUGAAAAGCUUGAAAUUCAACAAAAACAGCUUUUUUCAGUUAUUUCUUUCCCUAAAAGAAUUUUUUCAGUGGUUUUUUUGUGUCCGUGUCUAUAUAUUGUAGUAAAUGGACAUGAAAGUUGGAAAAAUGUCAAGAAAAAUUCAGGAAAAACGGCUCUUCAUUACGCGGCAGAGGCGAAAAAUCUCCUCCUCGUGCAGCUUCUGACAUCAGCCGGCGCCAAAUUGAUCCUUGAUAAAAACGGGACAUCGGCUAUUCACUCCUCUGCUAUUGCGACCACCUUGGAUGAUCCAGAGGCGAGAUUUGGAUCGAUAUGGAACUUUUAAGGAAAAAAGUUGAUCCCCAAGUGCAAUUUUCAGUCAUAUAUUGAACAUAAUUUUGUUAAUGUUUUUCAGAAAUUUCUCUAAAAGGUCAACUUAGGAACUCUAAAGGGGUCCCCCAUAGGGGCUCUUGGAGGAUCCAACUUCUAUAGGGACCACUGAAGCUCGCAAAAGUGGUCCCUAUAGGGGACGUGCUAGUCGAUAUGGACUCCAUGCGAAGAAGCAUUUAAUGGGGAAACUGAAAUAAUAACUUUUUUUGAAUGAAAUUUAACAAUCCCUAUCGGGACCACUUAAGAUUUAGGGGCUAAGGGGUCAGACCCUAAACUCCUAAAGGGACCGCUUUUUCGGCCCGUUUAGGAGCUGUUUUCCCCCUAAUCCCUAUAGAAACCUUUCUGAAAAUUCAAGGUCAGCAGGGCUCAAAUUUUUGGAAUGAAAGAGCUUUUCCCUAUUAACAUUAUAACCACAUAUUCGUAGGUCCGUUUUCCAUAGUGACCCCUAUAGGGACCACUCUAGUUAUAUUGAGAUUAUUUUUGUAGGAAAAAUUUUUGUACGUUGCAAAAAUGAAUACCAAAAAGUAAUUUUCAAGGCCGACGUGUUCGAGUUCUUGUUGACCCACGCCGACGAUGAAAAAACGAGAAAUGAGGCCUUGUUACUUAACGCGGCGAAUAUUCUCUUGGAUAAUUUCAGCGAGAAGGGCAUGAUGAACUUGAAAAGAGUUUUGGAGAUGGUCUAUCCGUCGGAGGUUGGAGAAGAAAUAGUGAGAUUUCAAUAAAUUUGUUCAGAAAAUAGAGGUCGAUGAAGUUUUUACACCGAAUCCGGCUUACUAUUGUCUUCGGGAGGCUCGUUCCUACAGAGAGUUUGAACAGGCGGAAAAUAUUCAGUGGUUCACCAAAAUUCAAGUUUGUUGGAAUGGGUCAAAAUCCAUAUUUUACCUGAUAGGAUAAUUAUUUUUCACCCUGAGCUUUUGAUGAAAAUUCGCGAAAAUUUCUUUCCUUAGAAUAUUGAGUUAAUCAAAAAAGAUAUCUUUUCAAUAUUCCAAAACUUCGAAAAAUCUUUUUUUCUGUAAUUGCUUUUUCAUUUGAUUAUUGGAGUUAUUCAAAGGGGCUGAUCUUUUUUAACUUCUGGGCAAGGUCAUAGAAAAACGAAAAUAGCAUGCUAAAGGAAGAGUGUUGUCGAGGUGCGCGGUUUCAAGUUAUAGUCGAUUUACCGCUAGCUUGGGACGCUAAGAAGGCGUGGCCUGUCUGCGCUCUCUCCAGGCACUAUCUCUUUUCUUUUCGUGCCAGGACCCAUUUUCCGAUAGCUCAAGCCAGCCGUGAAUCAGCUGCAUGAAGAAAUUCAAUUUCAGAUUUAUCAAGCUGCUUUUUUCACUGUUCUUUCAGUGUUUCAUGAUCAUUGAAAGGGUUCUCGGCCCCGCCCAUCCCCGAGUCCGUACCACCCUGUACCGCUACAUUUGCCAGCCUGCACUCAAAAGUUCCGCGAACAUGCGGUCAGAUUUUCAACAGAGUUCUGGAAAUUUAUUUGAUGAAUUAUGAGAACAUUUAUGAUUUCUUGAACAUUGAAACACGCAAUAUAGUCUGUGUGCCACGACUUGAAAUUUCACCGAACGACAUUCCGCUGUUCCGCUGCGUGCGUUCGCGAAGCGUCUUUCGAAUCUAGGUCACGCUUUCAAUUGAUUGUUCUUGCUGUAGGAGCACAUGAAAGUAGAGUAACUUAAUAGAAGAUAAAAAUUAAAAGCGCGCAGCGGCACAGCGCAACAGCGGAACGUCGUUUGGUGAAUCUCCAAGUCACGGUAUACAGGCUAUAGGAUUACAAAUAUUCAUCCUGAAAAUGAUUUUUUUUUUCAGCGACAAUGCCAUCUUUCUCUACACGGUUUCUCUAUAUCAAAGGUUCGUAUGAAAUAGUCCAUUCCGGCGACUUGGAACAGUGUGACUUCUCUGCGCCCUCUUCGUCUCUCGGCGGCGCUCUUGCGUGUUCGUGCUAUUUUCAUGUUUCUCUGACCUCGCCGAGGAGGAAACAGAGACGCAGACAGGCAGAAUGUUUCUAGUCGCAGGAAACGCGCUUUCUCAGGGCCUCCAUAGUGAUCCUUAUAGGGCCAACUUUAUGGGCUUUAAGUCACGCUGUUUCGAGACCACUUUAUCAACCCCGUAGAGUCCACUAAAGCUUACAAAAGUGGUCCCUAUAGGGGACAUUCUAAUCGAUAAUUGUUAUGAACUCUAAGCGAAGAAGCAUUUCCAUGGGAAAACUGAACAAAUAAACGUUUUUUAAGACGCCUAUAGGGGCUGAGGAGUCCGACUCAAACUCCCGUAGGUUCCACUUUUUUCGAACUCUUUUCCCCCUCACCCCUAUAGGGACAACUCUGGACUUUGGUCCCCCUUAACGAGUUAUUUUUCGAUAUGACGUUGCGGUCGCCGAGUAUUUGGUUGGAGCUCUUCUAGCGGUCUACGAUCGAAACAAAAUUCUGAUGGAAGGACUUUCGCAGUUGCGAGAUAACCGGACAAGACACGUUUUCCUGUUUUCCCUAAGACUCUUCGAAGAGAUCUGCUACGCCUUGGAGCGAGUUUGUUCAAAAGAUGUAUUAUCAGUGUUAAAGCGCUUUCCAGGGAUACCGAGAAAAAGCAAAAGGAGGAAAUGUCCCCUUCUACUAUGAACGUAUUAGUGGAUUCGGCAUGGGUUUAUAUAAAAAGGUUUGGUGCUCAAGUGGAAAGAAGAGAUGUUCAGAUAUUCUAUUCUCACCAGAUUUCUUUUGAGAAUAUUUUUCGAACUUUUAUGUAGAAGUUCAGUUCACAAUGUGGAUCAGAAGCCUUGUCGCAAAAAAAAAAUUCAUCAUUUUUAAGAGACGCUACAUUAGUUUUGUUGGGAAUGAGCUUGAUUUUAUUUACCUAGCACCUCUCAUUAUACUUCCAUAAAAUUUUGUCCAAACCUCUUUUUUUUGAGUAUCAAAUUCGGAUCAUGAUCUUGUUGUAUCUAAACUUACGACUUAAAAAAAAAAAUUCUGAGCUUUGAAAAAAAAAAUGAAAGCUUCAACAUGACACAUAUAGCCGAUUCACGGCUAACUUGGGGCGUGUCGUGUCUGCGCUCUCCAACAUACAGACACUCUCUUUUAUUAUCGUGUCAGGACCCUUUUUUGAUGGCUCAAGCCAGCCGUGAAUCAGCUACAGUCAAGUACGAUGACGUCAUUCGAAUACGCUCUGUGGAAGGCUCGCUCUCUGAUUGGUUUAUCGCGCCAAUAGGGGGCGGAGCUUGAGUGACGACUUUAGAUUCAAAAAUAUGAACAGACUAUACGUGUAUCAAAAGGCCUUCAAGGCUCGAUUCUACUCUUUUCUUUUUCCAAAAAAAUAGAAAAAAAUCUUACCUUAUUAUCAAAAUGCAGUGUGUAAAGGUUUCCAUAAAAACUCAUAAAGUCGGUUGAAUUUUUUUAAUAAUUUUAUAUACAGAAACACUUUUGAGCCAUCCCGUGAAAUUUAAGGAAGUAAAUCAAAACUUAAACGAGUUUUUUUUUCACUGGGAUUUUCAGAUGGAAAGAUCACUCAUCAGGUCAACAGACCCGGCAAAACCACUUGGGAUCGAUGUCUGUCUUUUUUCGUACAACUCUUCAUUUUUCUUUUCCUUCCAGGUCAAUCGUUUUGCUUCGAUCGUCAUCCUUCUCAAGCUCCCGUUGUUCAGCAUGAGAACAAUGAUCAAGUACUUAUUUGUCCUUUUUUACGUAAAGAACAUUUAAGUUACGUAAAAAUUUCAUCCGUUUUAACUCAUUUACGUUACGUGAACGUAAACUUUCAUGCAUACGGCCAGAGGUGGAAGAUGGCUGCCCACUGGCCGCCCUGCCUGCCAAGCCAUAAACCUCUAAAAGGCAGAAAUGACUUUUUCAAAAGUCAGCGUGGCGCGACGGUCAUUUGUAAGGCGAAAUCGCCCUAACAUCUAGAAGAGCUUGUUUCUAACAAUGUAUGAAGCUUGUGUACACAAAGGAAUCAGAAUUUUUUUAAUUGUUAAAAAAAUUAGAACAUAACGGUUUUUUUUUUUUUGGGAACUUUCCGACGGAGAAGUUUCCGACUAAUCCUUUUCCGACUUUUUUUAGAUAAACUUUUCGUUUUGAAUCUUUGUAUAUAAAAUAGGUAAUUGAUUCAUAAUUAAAACACAAAAAAAUGUAUAUAGCUGUUUUAUAAACCGAUAAAUAUAAGGGAAAAAGUCGGAAAGUUCCUUAGAGAUUUGAAAAAAUCGGAAAAGUCCCCGUUCGAAAAUUCGCUGGCUUUUUUUUCAUACCACCGAAAAAUCCAGGAAGAGAGCUGUAUCUCAAAAUGUUUUGGUCCUAGUAGUUCUUUGGUGAGAUUGGAAAUGAGCCUACUGACCCGUUUCAGUGAAAAUUUUCUGCUGAAAUAUCUGUUACAGCAGAUUGAAAACGUUAACACGAAAUUGCGAAAAAAAAAAUUCAAAAUUUACAAAAUUGAUAAUGAUUAGUUCAGGGCGUUAUUGCCACGUACUCGACCUAGUUGCCAAAGACCACGUAAAUUAAUGGCUUAUUUCUAUCUUUUGGCUAAUUGGCUUGGCCGCCAAGCCAAUGGCUGCCUUUCCAAUUCCACAUCUGCAUACGGCAAAAAAUCGGAAUACGCCUCUUCCUCUCCCGUGAACAAUAAAUGAGCGUCUUUCUCAGGUCCCCGCAGUUGCUCCCAGUUUUUGUGCGAGCCGGCGCCAAUAUCAACGCCAAAAUGAGAUCCGGAGAAACGGCAAUGGCGACGGUCAAUUCGCUCGCUUUGAGCUUUUCUAACACUUCGACGCGCUGGCAUACCUCCGCCGAAAAUGUUGAGCAAGUUAAACAGUACUAUCACCCUUGAACUUCUCCAUUCUAAUCCUCGCAAUUUCCGAUGGUAUAACUAUAUGCGCGUUUUGAUGGAGAACGGCUCGAGGGUCUACGUGCACGACAAGAAAAACCGUAACGCUUUCGAAACCCUCCAAAGGAAUACGCCGUUCGCAAAGCCGUUUGUUCUCGGUAUGUUAUAGAGCUCAUUUUUGGCGAAGGAUAGUAAAACGGUAGGUUAAAUAGGGAAAAAUCUUGUUCAGACCGUGGCUACGACACACGGCGUUCCCAAAUGGGGUGGGAAGACGUCAAAAAAAAAAAUUUUUUUGACCCGAAAAUUGAAAUCUCAAGUACGCAGCCAAAGGCGAUCGAACAAACAAGUUAUUAGCGUUUGAUACUUAGCGCAUUUUAUGCGAAGCGCUUACUUUUUUUUGUGAAUUCAGAAACUUUGACGCCUCGCUCACCUUCCUUCACCCCAAUAGGAAUGCCGUGGACAAAAGCGAUUUUUCCUUUUCCGAAGAGUAGUGUAUUAGAAAGUCCGCAUUUGGCGUGUUUGCACAUUGCGAAUGGUCCAUUUCCGCGUUUUUUUUAAUUUGCAGUUUUUGUUUUGUAAUGAAUAAAUGAUCUAAUUAAACUAUUUUCUAUAUAUGUAAUCCAUUUCGAUAAGAUGUAGCUUUCCGCAAACACGCAAGGAGCACACGCCAAAUGCGGACUUUCAUCUACAGUACGCUUAGAAAAAUGAAACUUCGCCCUUGUCGUAAAACCUUUAGACCUUCGUAGAUCUGAAACAAAAAAAAACUUCUACAUUUUUUCAAGAUACUACGAGCAGUUAUUUCUCAUUAUCUUUUUAGUUCUGCGUAUUUUCUGUAGCUUUUCUCGCAUAGUUGACUUCUAGACGUUCGAAUAUCAGUCAUACUUCCAAAUCUCGCAGAAUAGCAAGAAAUCGAGAAAAAGACACCACAAAAUGAUCUUUGAUUGCCUAUACUUCAUUUUCUCAAGCUAGGAAAGUUUUUUCUUUAACGACUUCCGAAAAAAAUCAACUAAGUGAAUGUGAUUCAUCAUAGAUUGGAUCCUAUGACCUGAACUUCGAUUUUUAAAGCUGUGACAGUUAUUGCAACUAUUUUUGAAGUAUAAACUCAAAUUUCAGUUGUGAAAUCGGCGUUUUCAGGAAACUUCAUUACUCUCAAGGACAUGUGCGCCGGAGUCGUCGAAAAAAAUUAUAAAGCCGCAUUUUUGAGAAAAAGAUUGCCGCCACAAUUGUUGGUAUACCUCGGUCUUUGAAGUUCGGGCCAUCUUCUUCUUGUUCUACCUCAUAUUUGAGGAAAAAUGUCAUUCCUUGUUUACUUAAUUAAUGUUCCUACAGCAUUUUUCUCAGUGUCAAAAAUCUUGUACUGCCAUGUAAUUAUUUCCUACUGCAAUCAUAUCUAGGAUGUACAUUUUUGAGCAAUCUUUUCAUUCUCUGUUUUUCCUUAACUUUCGUUUUCCAAAAGUAACGAAAUAAAUGUUUCAAGCUCCCAAAACUGACACUUUUUUGAUCAUUCCAUUCAUUGUUAGGGAUCCAACGACUUUAUCUUGGUCGAAAGUGAUUGAUGUGAAUUUGUCCUUUCACAAGAACCAUUGUAAUACAUCCAUUAUAUAAUGUCUCUUUUUCGUCUUUUAUGUAACUUGGCUUCUUUUUUCUUUCAAUUUUUGGCUUUAAUAAAUCUGGUUCUACGAACCUUUUCGGUACAUACAAGAAUGACUUACAUGAAAGAUGUUUUUGCAACGGUAUCUCUGACUCUCCAAGUUUUUUUUUAUAUAUUUUUUUUUGCUUUUACGGCUAUUUUAGAUUUCGCGCAAUCCCUUUGAACACGGCAGGAAAAAAAUCCGGAACCAAAAACACGGUGGGCGGAGCCAAAACUUCUGCCGUUCCGACGUGACGCCAUGGGUAGAGAACGCAAAGCCACGCCCCUUUUUGCGAUGGUGAAAUGCACUGGUUUUUUAGUUUUUGUGUUUGAUUUGAUGUUUCCGUAAAAGCUUAAUACUAAAUGCUUAAGAAAAAAUUUUUUAUUCUUGUCAAAAAAUGUUUCAUUGCAUUUUUGAAGUUUUUAUUUUUUUUUAAAUGACGUGUGGUUCAACGAGUUGAAGAUUCAAAAGCUCAGAACCUGGCCCCAAUGUCGAUAAUUCUGUUUUCAGAAAACAUCACGCUCCAGGACAUAUGCGCAGAAGUCGUCGAAGAAGAGUACGAAAAAGAUUUCUUGCGGAACAAAUUUGCGCCACAUUUGUUGAGAUACCUUGGCUUGUAUAGCUGA